AUGCCGUUAAAAGGAUUAAACAUAUUAGAAUUUUCUGGUCUGGCGCCGGUACCUUUUGUUGGAACUAUACUAUCUGAUUUUGGAGCAAAUGUGACUGUAAUACAAAAAAGAAGUGUCAUUAUGGAACUUACAGGCUUUUUAAAUGGUGGCAAAAAGUCCAUAAGUAUCAAUUUAAAACAUCCUGAAGGUAUUGAGAUUACACAAAAAUUAAUCAUUAAUGCCGACAUUGUACUUGAACCUUAUAGACCCGGUGUAAUGGAAAAACUGGGAUUAGGCCCCGAUGUAAUGAUGGCCAAAAAUCCUCGUUUAAUAUAUGCUCGAUUAAAUGGCUAUGGUUCACAUGGACAAUAUGCAAAGAGAGCUGGACAUGAUAUAAAUUAUUUAGCCAUGUCAGGUUUGUUGUCAUUGUAUGGUUCAAAGAAUUCAAAACCUGUUCCUCCCGUAAAUUUUUCUGAAUUUGCGGGCGGUAGUAUGGUAUGCGUAAUGGGAAUUUUGAUGGCAGUCAUAGAAAGAUACAAAAGUGGAAAAGGUCAGGUGGUCGAUGCCAGCAUAACUGAAGGAAUUUCUUAUGUCGGAAGUUGGUUGAUGUGUUCACAAGAGUCAAUGAUUUGGGGGAAACCAAAAGGACAGAAUAUACUGGAUGGAGGAAUGCACUUCUAUGAUACAUACGAAACCAAAGAUGGUAAAUGGAUGGCUGUCGGUGCUAUAGAACCAGCAUUUUAUCAAGAGUUCAUCAAAGGACUAGGAUUGAACAUUAAUGAUAUUGAACAGAUGAAUAAUUUUGAGGGUAAUAGAGUAAUUAUUGCAAACAAAUUUAAAGGAAAAACACGAGAAGAAUGGUGCAAUAUUUUUGAUUCAAAAGAUGCUUGUGUAACUCCUGUGUUAGAGCUGGAUGAAGUUGACCAGCAUCCUCAUAAUGCAAGUAGAAAUUCAUACAUCAGGAAAGAUAAUAUUGUGCUGCCUGUUCCAGCACCAAAAUUAAGUGUUACUCCUGGUGUUUCAAGUUCAAAUAAACCAACUGUGGUUUGUGGACAGAAUACAAGGGAAAUACUUGAAAGUAUUGGAUAUACACAAAUAGAAAUCAACAAACUAUUUGAAAAUAAGACUAUAUUUCAAGACUCAAAAUCCAGGUUAUAG